AUGUUUUUUUUUCAUUUUUGCCAAUCGAUUUAUAUACAUGUUCAAUCAUUAAGUUUAAUAUCAAAUUACUUUAAUAAUCUUAUGAUUCGAAAUGUUAUUGAACAAGCAAUGGCUUUAGCAUUGGUACCUGCAUUAUAUGUUCAAGAAUUAAAUGAUGAUGAACGUGAAGACAUUUCAGAGUUGUUACAUUAUUUCAAUGAUCAUUGA